GCUCACUCGCAGCCCCGCCCCGCCCGUGGCGGCGGCGGCAGGUGCGCCUGCGCGCGGCCACACAACCGCCAGUCAACUCGCUUUCUCUCUCCCUCCCGGCUUCGCCCCUCCCCUCUCCUCCUCCUCCACAGCCGCCCGGAGCGUGACACCAACAUGGAGCCGGAGGAUCUACCGUGGCCGGGAGAGCUGGAGGAGGAGGAGGAGGAGGAGGAGGAGGAGGAGGAAGAGGAGGAGGAGGUCGUAGAGAACGCGCCAGCUGCGGAGACCGAGGAGACGGUGGAGGCCCCGACCUCUGAGGACACUGUGAGGGCGGAAGAGGUAGCAUUUGAAGAGGAGGGGCCUGAGGAGGAUUUGGAGUUUAACAGCGGGUUCCUGCCGCGGGAGAGCACGGACGAGGAGGAGGACGAGAUGGCUAAGGCCUGGCUGCAGGCGAACCCUGCCCACCCUGGCAGGGCUUUCCCUCCGCCCCCACCCCCGCGGCACCUGUACGCUCCGGUGGAGCAUCUGGGCGAGAGUGAGAGAGCAGAAUCUUGGCAUCAUCUUCCUCAAGAAAGAGAUUCUUCCCAGACCUUGGAUACAUCCCAGCCUGGGAUUGAUGUGAGAAUAGAAGGAACAAAAGUAACAGACUUCCCUUCUCUGGAGGAAAGUAAAUUGGCUCAGUCAGAACGUCCAGCCACGGAACCAAAGCUUAAUCUCUUUUGUUCUCCAUUGCUAGUCAUACAGGAUAACUUUGCUACUCCUGAUUUGCCUUUGCUGACGUGUUUGACACAAGACCAGGAAUUUGAGUCUGAUUCCUUGUUUCAACAAAGUGAACUAGAAUUUGCACCUUUGAGAGGGAUUCCUGAUAAGUCGGAAGAUACUGAAUGGCUUGCUCGGCCGUCAGAAGUUAGUGAAGCUUUAUUCCAGGCCACCUCAGAGACGUCUUCAGACUUAGUUAACAGUUAUCUUAGUAUAUCUCAACAUCCACUUACAGGUAGCACAACUUUUGGGUCUCUGCGCUCUCUUUUCCCAUCUGAACAAGAGAAUAAUGGAGAGAAUGCACCACCUAAUGCUCCUGAUGAACUGAAAAGCCUGAAUGAUUCUGAUCAUUAUGAUGAUGCUCUGCUUUCAUAUAUGUCAUGGCAGAUGGAAAAGGAUUCUCAGCAGCCAGAAGGCAACUUGGCUGAUAAAGACCAAGUUUCCAUGUCAACUUUCUCUGAUGUUAGUGAUGAAAGCAUAGCUGCUAGAAGAAACAACAGUUUUGGUUCUACUUGUUCACAUGCUCAGUAUUGGAAACAGGAAGCCUUACAACAGACAGAAGCAUGUCUAGCCAGUAAGGACCAGGCUUCCUUCCAAUGCGAAAACCCUCCUCCUCCUCCUAGUGAAAUGUCAUACUCUUUCCUGCGAUGCAUGCUGGAAAGAGGGAAAGGAGCUCCCUUCACCCCUGUUAACCAUCUUGAGGAUGUUCGUGUAGAGGCUCCUGCUGAGGAUGAGCUGAAGCCAAAGAUGGAUUCUUCUGAGAGCUUUGAAGGAAAUGAAGAUCUGCAGAAAGAAUUUUCUCAUUUUUUUAAGCAAAAGAAGAUUAGAGAUAUUUUGGAGUCAUCUCAGGUACAUGCCCAAUCUUCAGAGAUAAAGUAUAUUGGGACGAUUGCUGUCCCUGAUAGUCAUGAACAAGUUUCAGAAGCACAUAUACAUUCCAGAGGACUUGAAUUCUCUAAGCUGGAGGCUUCUGGUGGUCCCCUUCCGACAGUUAAAUCCAACUUGGAUGAGACAUCAGAACAACUGUAUUUUCAAGAGGAAAGAAACCAAAAGGGAGCUUCUACUUUUGGUGAGAAAAAUGUUGAUGCUACUGAAAAUGUAGCCUUUGAGGCAGUUAUUGCCUCAAUUGAGUCUUCCAAGCAAGAGAGUGCUAUAAGUGAAGUCCAAACUGACAUCAAUAAGCCAUUAGCAGAUGACAGCCAAGAGAGAAAACCCCCCAAGUCAGAUCUUUCCCCAUUAAAUUAUAAUGAUGAAAACUCUUUCAUGGAUAAACUUAAGCAUCCAAAAUACCAGUCUACUCCUGGGGUGUUUGGACCAGCUGCUUCAAAACCAUUGUUGCAUAAAGAAGAUGAUGGUGGUAGCUCCCUAUCUCGGGAUCCAGAUUUAAAGUCACCCCCUAAUGCUCCUCAGAACAUGCUCACAGAAGACCUGCAGGGGAAGACUCAGUCUGGCAUCGUUACUUUGCAUGGUGAUGCUGAGUACUCCAGCCUAUAUAAAACUGCUGAUGUACACAGUGAAAGAGUUGCUGAAUUGCAAAGAGAGACGUGGGACCUACAAGGAUUAACUGGUGAGUACUUGGAGCUUGCAGAUUUAGAGACAAUGCUUGAUGAUCUUUGCGACAGCUCCUUGUUUUGGCUACCUACUUCACAACUAUCAUCUGAGGAGAGCCAUUUUGAAAAGCCUGUAGACCAUUCUAAUCUGGGCAUUAGCCAGACUUUUCCAACUCCAUUGCCUUCAUUUUUUCCUCAAGAACCAACCAGUGAGUCGAAUUAUCCUUCCCCCAGUCUCAGAAUGUUGAGAAUAUCUCCUGACACUCUGCCAACAGCUCUUACAGCAGGAGACACUUCUAAAGGAGGCAAAGUUGCAAUUUCUCAAUCCAAGUUGAAACCAGAUAUCACUAACACUCUUGGAGAUUCAGACAUUGCAACACAUUCAUCGUUACCCUUUGAAGACUUAACUCAUUUUGCUGUUGUACCUGAAGGCCAUCUUUCUGAAGAGGCUCCCAAAGCUUCAUCUGGUACAUCACCUGUAAUCCCUACUUCCUAUUCACAAAGAGAAAAACCCAAUAUUUUACAUCAAGAUGGUUAUCGAAUUGGUCAGGAACUGACAGUUUCAGCAUUUCCUGGACUGGCUGACCAGAAGAAUGGUUUAUCAACAAUGACCCCUACUUCGUUUUCACAAAGAGAGAAGCCUGGUAUUUUUUAUCAACAAGUCCUAACAGGUGGUCAUUUACUUGAAGAGAUUCCAAAGGCACCAGCUGCUCCUACUCUGACUAACCAGAAGAGUAGUUUCCCAACAGUAACUUCUACUUCUUACUCACAAAGUAAUAAACCUGGUGUUAUCUACCAACAUGCCUCGACAGGUGGUCAUUUGCCUGAAGACAUUAUGAAAGCUUCAGCUGCUCCUAGGACUACUGACCAGAAGUUUGAUGUUCCAGCCUCGCCCCCUAUUUCCUACACAUAUGAAGGACCUACUGUUUUCUAUCAACAAGAGUUGCCAAAGAGUCAUUUAAAUGAAGAGACUGUGCGAGGUUCAGCAAUUCCUGGUCCAGUUGCCCAGAGCACUGGGAUAACUGCACUGCCCUCUGCUUCUCAUUCCCAUGGAGAGAAGUCUCAUACUUUUUAUCACCAGGCUGUCCCAGAAAGUUAUUUGAAUCAUCAGGCUUGGAAAUUUUCUGUUGCUCCUGGAUCUGUUGACCAGAAGAUUGGAGCAGCAGUAGUCCCUUCCACCUACUCACAUGAUGUAAAGCCUGGCAAUUUUCCCCAAGAAGAGUUACCUGAUAGGCAUUUUACUGAAGAGACUCGGAAAGUGCCUCCUGCUCCUAGGCCAGCUGGCCCGAAGUUGGAGAUGUCAACAGUACACUCUAGUUCUCAUCCAAAGGGAAUAAAACCUGGUAUUUUCUAUCAGCAUCCUCUGUUAGACAGUCAUCCAGGCAAAGAGCCUCUGGAUGUUUCAGCUGUUUCUGGAUCAGCUGAGAAGACCCGGUCCCCAACAGUAACCUCUGCUUCCCAGCCACAUAAAGAGACAGCUAAAGCUUUCUACCAGCAGACAUUAUCAGACAGUCAUCUAACUGAAGAAGCAUUGCCUGUUUCUGUUAUUCCUGACCGAGGGGACCAGAUAACUCCUUUACCAUCAGAAUUACUUGUUUCCUCUUCUCACAGAGCAAAGAACCUGCCUGAAGAUGUGAUGGUUUCCAUUGAUUCUGGAUCUGCUGAUGAGAAGGCUGACACUCCAACAGUGUCUUCAAGUUCCUACCCGAACAAAAAGAAACCUACUGUUCCUUACCAUCAAGAGUUGCCAGACAGACAUGUACUUGUAGGGACUCAGAAAGCUUCACCUGUAUCUAGACCCAUUGACCAGAAGUCUGGAACUUCUCAUCCAUAUGGUGAGAUGCCCAGUGUUUUCUAUCAGCAGGAGUUGCCAGAUAGUCAUUCAACAAAAAAAUCUACAAAAACAUUGAUCCCAGGCCCCACUGACCAGAAGACUGACCUGCCAACAGUACCCCCUACUUCUCCAUUACAUACAAAGCCUAUUUUCCUCUACCAGCCAACCCUUCCAGGUAGUCACCUGCCUGAAGAUACUUUCAAAGCUUCAUCUGUUUCUAAACCAUCUGAUGUAUCAACUAUAACCUCUGCUUCCUACUCACAUAAAGAGAGACCCAACAUUUCUCAUCAGCAGAAGUUUCCAGACAGCCACUUAACUGAAGAGGCCCAAGUCUCAGGCACAACUGGAUCAGUAGACCAGAAGACAGGGACAACAGUUUCAGUGUCCUCUAUUUCCUAUUCACAAAAAGAGAGGCCUGGUAUGUUCUACCAACAGGUUCUGCCAGGUCGUCUAUCUGAAGAGGCUCUGCUAGCUUCAGCUACUACUAGGCCAGCUGACCAAAACAUUGCUAUGCCAGUUGUAACCUUUACAUCCUCUUUACAAAGAGAGAAGCCUCAGAUUUUCUACCAACAGACCCUGCCAGGUGGUCAUUUGCCUGGAGAGUUUGUGAAAGUUUCAGCUGUUCCUAGACCACCUGACCAGAAUACUAGGGCACCUACAGUAUCUCCUAGUUCCUACCUCCCUGGAGAAGAGUCCAUUAUUUUUUACAAACCUGGCUUGUCAGGUAAUCCUCUAUCCACAGAGCAUUUCAAAUCUCCAGGGAUUUCUGGAUUAACUGACCAGAAGACUAGCACACCAGCAGAACCAUCAGGUUCCUACCCAGUUAGAGAGAAGUCCAUUAUUUUCUACCAAAAUGCGUUGCCAACUAGUCCUCUAACAGCAGAGACUUUCAGAGUGGCAGCUGUUCCUGUACCAACUGAGCAGAAGACUGGUACACCAGCAGGACCUUCAGGUUCCCAUCCAGUGGGAGAGAAGUCCAUUAUUUUCUACCAACAGGCCUUGCCAGAUGAUAAUCUUCCUAAAGAAGCUUUGGAUGUUUUAACUUCUCCUGGACCAGUUGACCCUAAGACUGGGGAGCCACCAGUGUAUUCUACUUCCUAUUUUGGAGAAAAGCCCAUUGUUUUCUACCAGCAGGCCCUGUCAGAUAGUCAGCAAACUAAAAAAGGUCACAAAGCUUCAGUUGUUUCUGGACCAGCUGACCAGAAGAUUGGGCUACCCUUCAUCACCUCUUCUUCAUACUCAAAUCUAGAGUUGCCAGAUAGGCCUCUAACUGAAAACACUGGGCAAGUUUCAGUUGUUCCUGGACCAACUGACCAGAAGACUGGGAUACCAACAGUGCCUUCUACUUCCCACUCGUAUAUAGAGAGGCCCACUGUUUCUUACCAACAAGAGUUUCCAGAUCGUAGUGAGAAAGCUUUGGAAGUUUUAGGUGGUGCUGGACCAACUAAACAGAAAACUGAAAUACCAGUAGUGCCCUCUACUCUAUAUUACAGAGAGAGGCCUAGUGGUUCUUACCAGCCGGAGUUGCCAGAUCUUACUGAAGAAGCUUUGCAAAUUUUAAGUGUUGCUGGAGUAGUAGUCCCUCCUGUCCCUUACUCAAAGGAUGAGACGCCCCUCAUCACUUACCAGCGGGAGUUACCAGAUCUUACUGAAAUACCUUUGAAAGCAGUAGGACCUGGCUCUACUGAUCAGAAGACUGAGGCACAAGUAGUUUCCUACUCAAGUAGAGAGAAGCCCAGUGGUUUUUAUCAACAGGAACUACCAAAUAUUGGUGAGGAUGCAUUAGGUGAUUUUGUUCAUCCUGGACCAUUUGUUCAGAAGGUUGAGAAAACUACAGAACCCUUAACUUACUACACUCCACAGGAAUUUCCAGGCAGCCAUCUCACAGAAGAGUCUCUGAAAGUGCCCACUAGUUCUGCACUUGCAGCACAGACACCUGGGACUCAAACAGGGCCUUCUAGUUCCUACUUCCAUAGAGAAAAGUUCAGUGAUGUUUACCCAAAGGCCUCACCAGAUCAUGUUCUAACUGAAAAUUCUCUGAAGGCUUCAACUGUUCCUGGACUAUCUGACCAGAAUAGGAGACCUGCAGUCUCAUCUGGUUCCCACUCACAUAAGGAGAAACACAAGAUUUCCACUGCAGAUCUACUGGAUGACCAGAAGCCUGAGUUGCCAACAGUUACUCAUAGGUCCUACCUACAUAGAGAGAAGCCUGCAGUUUCAUCUGUGAUUGAACCAGAUGAUCAGAAGACUACAUUACCAACAGCCUUUCAUGAUUCCUAUUCUCAAAAAGUAAAACCUGUUGUUUUUGUUCAAAAACAGUUACCUGAUAAAGAUCAAAGUGAAGAUAUUCCGAAGCUUUCAACUGUCUCUGAGCCAACUGCUGUAAACACAGGUGUACCAGUACCUCUGUCUGGUUCUUACACACAGAGAGAGAAAUUAGAUACAUCCUGUGGAUACCCACAGGAACUGCCAGACAGACAUCUAACUGAAGAUGCUCUGAAGGUUUCAAGUUGUCUUGGUCAAGCUGAACAGAUUUCUGGUUUAUCUACAGUUUCAUACAGUGAAAAUCACCAGCUUGUCUCAGAACAUGUCCAAAAGCUGAUAGAUAAUUUGAAUUCUCCUGAGUCUUGUUCUCUCAUUACAAACAAUAUGCCUUUAAAUUCGCAGAUUGAUGAUGGAGUUAUAUGUAAGCCAGAAUCUUCAGGUUUUGGCGAUGUUGGUUGUGAGGAAAUUCGGGAUAUAGAUCAUGGUUCCAAAACUCUUAAAGAAAUUCGAACUCUUUUAAUGGAGGCAGAAAACAUAGCACUGAAACGAUGCAAUUUCCCUGCUCCCUUAGUCCCUUUCAGAGAUGUUAAUGAUGUUUCAUUUAUACAAUCCAAGAAGGUGGUUUGCUUCAAAGAACCGUCUGUAACUGAUGUUUGUACCCAGAGGGAGCCAUUUACAGAGGAGGUCCCUCACGUUGAGUGUAUACAGAAGGAUAUCGGCACACAGACAAACCUCAAGUGCCAAAGUGGUGUUGAAAAUUGGGAGUUUAUUAGUUCAACUACAAUUAGAAGUCCUCUACAGGAAGCAGAACGCACAGCGAGAGUGGCAUUUGAUGAAACUUUCAGGCAGUAUGAAGCUUCCAGGUCCGUAAUGAGGUCUGAACCUGAAAGUUGCAGAACAGGCAUUAGGAAUAAAAUUAUUAUCCCCAUGAUGACAUUCAUAAAGAGUGACUCGAGUAGUGAUGUAAGUGAUGGUUGCUGCUCAUGGAACAGUAAUUUACCAGAGUCUUUGGAGUCUGUUUCUGACGUUUUUCUAAACUUCUUUCCGUAUACGUCACCCAUGACAAGCUUAACAGAUAGCCGAGAAGAGGAGGGGUUCUCAGAGAGUGAAGACGGCUGUGGUAGUGUAGAUUCACUGGCUGCACAUGUGAAGUACCUUCUGCAGUGUGAAUCCUCACUGAAUCAAGCCAAACAGAUACUUAAAAAUGCAGAGGAAGAAGAGUGUCGGGUCCGAGCCCAAGCCUGGAAUCUAAAGUUUAAUUUAGGACAUGACUAUGGAUACUCCAUUUCAGAAUUAAAUGAAGACGACAGGAGGAAAGUAGAAGAGAUAAAGGCAAAGUUGUUUGGUCAUAGAAGAGCAACUCACGUGUCUGAGGGCUUACGUAGUCCACGGGGAAUAGGAUGUGUGCCUGAAGCUGUAUGCAGUCACAUUGUUUUUGAGAGUCAUGAGAAAGGAUGCUUCAGGACUCUUGCUGCUGAACAACCACGGCCAAACAGCCGCCACUGUGUUUUCCGAUCUGUUGAACCUUCAGACUUGAUGAGAGGACGACGGAGCCCAUCAUCAUGGAGAGACAGGCACAUCAACCUUUCCAGAUCGAUAGAUCAGAGCAAUACCCGUUUGAAAGUUUGGAAUUCCUUUCAGUUACAGAGUCAUCCCCCAUUUCAAAAACUUGCACCCGAUGACAUCAAAAUCAGCAGGGGUUUUGGAAUGCCAUUUCACACAAGCAUGGACCCCAGACCAUUGGGAUUAGUAGAACCUACUUGUAUGCCAGCUAAAGAAAUGGAUUUUCCUUCCUCAUCACAAAUACUGCCCCCUGAAUCCAUGAAGCAGUUUACUACCUCCAUCACUUUUUCUUCUUCUUCUCAUGGACACUCUAAGUGCAUUUCUGAUACCUCUGUUUUUAAGGUUGGUGUUACUGAAGGUAGCCAGGGUACUGGACCAUCUUUAGGAGUGUUUAAAUCUCGUAUCCCUGAAGAGCAGAUUUCUCCUAGAGAUCUUAAACAGAACACCUCUUUCCCUUCAUCACUUAAAAGACAAAGUCAUUCCCCGGUGACUAUUUUAGCUGAAGGUAGUAGACAAAGGCAAAAAUUACAUGUUGAUUUUGAGCAUUCUCAUCAAAAACAAAAACCCUUAGAAAAAUCAGAUUUUAAAGCCAGUCAUUCUGAACCCAGUGUCAGUCCGAACUAUAGCAGGUCCAAGGGAGUUCAGUUUUCUGGUAAGGAUACAAUUAUUAGCUCAGACAAACUAAGUUCUACACUAGAAGUAAAAGAGAAGAAUGUAACUAUAACUCCUGAUCUUCCUUCUUGUAUUUUUCUUGAACAACGAGAGUUCUUUGAACAAAGCCACAGCCCACAUACACAUCACCAGAUGAGAAAAUACUCUUCUCCCUGUUGUCCAGACAUUGCUUCUUGCAUUUUUCUUGAACAGCGAGAACUAUUUGAGCAGAGCAAAGCCCCUCAGGUAGAUCAUGAGAACAGGGAAGACCAUUCUUUCUUUCCUAAGCGCCAGGAUUAUAUAGUUGCAGAUCUUCCUUCUCCCAACUUUCUUGAUCGGCAGCAAUGCAAAUCCCCAGAUGUAGAUGGCCAUAUGAGAAAACAGCAGUUCCCUCUUUCUCAAGGUCAGGGUUGGGUAGCAGAAAAGAUUCAGCGUAUACCUCAGUCACACUUUUCUAAUAUGAUAAAUGUUGAAGCCAAGGUCAGUAAUUUGAUCUCCCAGUCAGCCCCUGACCACUGUACAGCUACAUCAGCUCCACCUUCAAAUAGAAAAGCGCUUUCAUGUGUUCAUAUAACUCUUUGUCCCAAGACUUCUUCCAAGUUGGAUAGUGGAACCUUAGAUGAAAGGUUUCAUUCAUUGGAUCCUGCUUCUAAAACAAGGAUUAAUAGUGAGUGUAACUUUGAUCUUCGAACUAUACCUUCAAGGUCAUUGGAAUCAACCUACAAAUUACUGACCUGUAAACCUGUAGCAAAGGAUCAAGAAUCUUUAGGUUUUCUAGGACCUGAAUCUUCACUGGACUUGCAAGUCGCACAGUCUUCUCUUCCAGAUAGUAAGACUAUUUCUCAGGACUUGAAAACCAAACCUCCUCAGAAUAGCCAGAUAGUAACCUCAAGGCAAACACAAGUGAACAUAUCAGAUUUGGAAGGAUAUUCCAAACCAGAGGGGACUCCAGUAUCUGCAGAUGGUUCACGAGAACAAAAUAAGGCUCCCUUUCCUACAUCCUCUGCAAAACUAUCAUCUGAUGCAAUCACUCAGAUAACAACAGAAAGUCCAGGAAAGACCACAUUUUCGUCUGAAAUUUUUAUUAAUGUUGAUGAUCAUGGACAGGAAGUUCUUGGCCCCAUGGCCCAAAAGCCACCCAAGCUUGCCUCAUUAUCCUCAAUGCAGCAAAUCACAUCUUCUAAUGGCAAAGACGCCCAACCAGUGCUGUUGCCAUAUAAGCCAUCUGGUAGUUCGAAGAUGUACUAUGUUCCACAAUUAAAAACAGUUCCUUCAGAUUUGGAUUCCAAAUCAGAUACCACUGUUGAGAGCUCACAUUCAGGGUCCAAUGAUGCUAUUGCCCCAGAAUUUCCACCUCAAGUGCUAGGCACAAGAGAUGAUGACCUCUCAGCCACUGUGAACAUUAAGCAUACAGAAGGGAUCUAUAGUAAGAGAGCCGUGACAAAGGUGGGAAAACCUCCUCGGAAAGAUAAUGCAGAGGCCCCAGUUAAAGUACCCGUCACUGGGGAUCAUAAUAUCUCGGACAAAGAACAGAAAGAUAUCACUAGUAGAAGUGUUAUGACCAAGAUGGCAAAGCCUGAAGAAAGAAGUUCCUUGCAGGAUACUGCAGGUCCCAGUGAUACCACUGUACAAGACAGAAAAACUGAAAACCUGCCAGACACUAAAUGCAUUAAACAGGAGGAGGAGAUCCAUGUUAAGAGAACCAUCCCUCAGGAACUCUGUCCAGAAAAAGAAGGAUCCUUAGAGAUAGAUAUUUCGGAGUCUGAAUGUCAUUCAGCAUUUGAAAAUACCACUCAUUCUGUCUUCAAAUCAGCCAAAUUUUACUUCCAUCAUCCAGUACACCUGCCACACGAGCAAGAUUUCUGCCAUGAGUCUUUGGGAAGGAGUGUAUUCAUGCAGCAUUCUUGGAAGGAUUUCUUUCACCAUCAUUCAGAGCAUAGCUGCCUUCCUCCCCCUGGCCCAAGUGCAGACAAGACCAAGAUGGAUUACACCAGAAUUAAAAGCCUCAGCAUCAAUUUGAAUUUGGGAGAAAAUGAGAAGAUGCAUACUCUCAAGAAUCAGGCCAGAGACCCAAAAGGCAAAAGACAAACAAAUGACCAAAAAAAGGAUCAAAAGGUCACCCCAGAGUUAACAACACAGUGCACCAUGAGUUUGAAUGAACUCUGGAAUAAGUACCAGGAGCGACAGAAACAGCAGAAAUCACCUGGCAUUUGUGAUAAGAAAGAACUCUCUUUGGUGGAACGACUUGAUCGUUUGGCUAAACUGCUUCAGAAUCCCAUCACACAUUCACUCCAGGCCUCAGAAAGUACACAAGAUGAUAGUAGAGGGGGCCGAGGAGUGAGGGGGUGGACUGGGAGGAGGCAGCAUCAACAGAGAGGCAAGUUGCAGAGGAAGCGAUGUAAGAGCCUAGAGAAGGGUCAGAAUGAAGGUGACUUUAGGAAAAGCAGGGUGCUUUCUCAUCGUGGUGGGAAAUCCAAUCAGAUUAAGAUUGAGCAGGUUAAAUUGGAUAAGUACAUCCUGAGAAAACGGCCAGAUUUUGAUUAUGUCAGCAAUACCUCCUCGGAUUCUAGACCCUCAGAGGAAAGUGAGCUCCUCACAGAUAGUCCCAACAUUUUUUCCAGUACUACUUCUCCUGUGGACUCCGAUGUAUUGACCCAGACUGACAAGGAUGUGACUUUAAAUGAAAGGAGUAGCUCCAUAUCCACUAUUGACACAGCCCGGUUGAUCCAAGCUUUUGGCCAGGAAAGACUGUAUUUGUCACCCAGGCGAAUUAAAUUAUACAGCAGUGUCACUAAUCAACAGAGGAGAUAUCUGGAGAAGCGGUGCAAGCACAGCAAGAACGCACCGAGCACAGGCUAUCCCCAAAUGACUUCUGAGCACACCAGAAGGAGGCACAUCCAGGUGGCAAAUCCUAUUUCUUCUGACUCUGUUUCAUCUGCUGGUAGUUUCUUGACCUUGGACUCUACUCUUUGCAGCGAGGAAAAUGUGCACAUGUUGAACAAGGGUGUACAAGCUGGUAACUUGGAGAUUGUGACUGGUGCCAAAAAAUACACUCAAGAUGUUGGGAUGACUUUCCCAACUCCCAGUUCUAGUGAGGCCAAACUGGACAGUGAUGUGACUUCUUGGUCAGAAGAAAAAAACAAAGAGAAAAAGUUCCUUACCAGUUAUCUGCGGGACAAAAACUUAAGGAAGAACAAGCCAAACUCUUGUGAAGGUGUCUCAUGGUUUGUUCCUGUGGAAAAUAGAAAGUCUGGAUCUAAGAAGGAAAACCUGCCUAAGAUUUACAGCCCUGGUAUCUCCUGGUUUGAACCAGUGUCCAAAACCAAACCCUGGAGGGAGCCACUGAGGGAACAUAACUGGCAGGAGCAAUGCAUGAGCAGCCGUGGGUGCCUGGGAGGCCCAGGCGGAGAUGGUGGCCAGGUUCCUCUUAGGCCAUUUGUGAGAGCAACCCUGCAGGAAGCUCUUCAGCUUCACAGACCUGAUUUCAUUUCCCGCUCUGGAGAGCGGAUAAAGCGCCUGAAGUUACUAGUCCAGGAAAGGAAGCUGCAGAGCUUGUUCCAGAGCGAGCGGGAGGCUCUGUUCAACACUGUGCGGCCCCUGCCCAGAAGAGUCCUCCUGACUGUCCAGAGGAGCAAGCCUAUUGGAAAGAAGGAAAUGAUCCAGAGAACUAAACGGAUUUAUGAGCAGCUUCCGGAAGUAAAGAAGAAGAGAGAAGAGGAAAAGAGGAAAUCAGACUAUAAGUCCUACCGGCUGCGAGCUCAACACUAUAAAACGAAAGUGACCAACCAAGUCCUGGGGAGAAAAGUGCCUUGGGAUUGACAUAAGACUGCUUUCCUCAGAGCCUUGGAAUACUUUUUUUAUAACCCUAAAGAAGCUAAUUUAUACUUUAAUGAAUGAUUUAAUAAAGCUUUCUCUUUUCCA